CAAAAGAAAAAAACGUAAAAUCAGGAGCUACGCGGAGAAACAAAUAAACAAACAAAUGUCAGAAAGAGAUUGAGAAAAAAAGAAGAAGAAGAAGCAAGAAUCUCUCUUCCCGUAGGUUGCGGUCACGAAUCUCGCAGGAAAUUUCUCUCGAUCGGUUCGUUCGUUUUCUCUGUAUGAUUGUUGAAUUCUCAAUCCCUUGGGGAAUAUUUUGUGAAGCAGAUUUAGAGGAACAAAAGAAAGGAAAGUAUGUUCUGAUCCGUGAUGGUGAUGAGGAGGACAAUGAGUUAGGAGGACUCUUCUCUAAGCCCCUUCCUUGCUUCGGUUUUGGAAUUGGAUGGUUAUCGUUUCUUGUUGGAUUCGUCUUCCCGUUUGCGUGGUACUUUGCCACAUUCCUAUAUCUCACUAGCUAUUACCGUAGAGAUCCACGUGAAAGAUCUGGUCUUGCUGCCUCUGCUAUUGCUGCUUUGAUAUUCAGUGUUGCACUUGUGAUCACCGUUCUUGUACUUGUUUUCUCGGGUCGCUAGAGUCUGAUGAUAUUCUUUCUGGCUGUGGCCUGUGGGUUUUCAGAGGAAACAAACAAGCAAGUAAACGUGUUCUGUUUUGAUGAAGAAGAGAAGGUCUACUGCUAUUAGAUUCAAAGUUUGGUUUGUUCUUGUACAUACUUUGUCAACUUCUAAAAGGUAAAAAAAUGUGAUACCUAACUGUUUGGAAGAGAUCUAUAUAGCUUCAGGCUUGUAUGUUAUUUUAUUCACAUUAGAGUCGUGAGCUAGACAAGAACCCGAACCGAGGUUAUGUCUGAUUAUUAUCUUCCGUGUUCAAAGUUUCUUUUAUCUAAAUGUUAUACACAUGAAUUGUGGUCUAAAUGAGUAUAACUUAAUGGCUG